CUGAAAGACUGCUUCUGAUCCUUUCAAGAGUGACGUGGCUCGAAUGACGGCUACACGAGUCGAAAGCGUGUUGUUAAUAAGUGUAAUUUUUGUUCAGUGUUAAAAAUAUGAUUUAAAUAACGUUCUCCGAAAAGUGUAAAAUACCUUUCUCAUCGCUAAUUCAUCUUAGAAAAAGCGAGGAAACGGAAUUUACGCAUCAUGACCACCUACGAGGAAUUUAUCCAACAAAACGAAGAUCGGGAUGGCGUUCGUUUCACCUGGAACGUUUGGCCACUUUCUCGAAUUGAUGCCACGAGACUAGUUGUGCCCUUAGGAACACUUUUUCAACCAUUAAAAGAGCGUACAGAUCUUCCAGCUAUUCAGUAUGAUCCAGUUCCAUGCACGAGAUCCACGUGUAGAGCGAUUCUCAAUCCCCUUUGCCAAGUGGAUUAUCGAGCUAAACUUUGGGUCUGCAACUUCUGCUUCCAGAGAAAUCCUUUUCCACCUCAAUAUGCUGCCAUUUCUGAACAACAUCAACCAGCUGAGUUGAUUCCGAUGUAUUCGACAAUCGAAUACACAAUAAUGAGAGCACAAUGUUUGCCACCGAUUUUCCUCCUAGUUGUCGACACUUGCAUGGAUGAAGAAGAAUUAGGUGCCUUGAAAGAUUCUUUGCAAAUGUCGUUGUCCCUCCUUCCACCGAACGCUCUCAUCGGUCUCAUUACGUUCGGAAAAAUGGUCCAGGUUCAUGAACUAGGAUGUGAAGGAUGCAGUAAAAGCUAUGUUUUCCGCGGCACGAAGGAUCUCCAGCCGAAACAAAUCCAAGAAAUGUUAGGUAUUGGAAGGCCAGUUCCCGGACAGAAUACGAAUCAGCAGAGAGGACCAACUGGUCAGCCUCUUCCGCCUGCGAAUCGAUUCUUGCAACCGGUUCAUAAAUGCGACAUGAGCCUAACCGAUCUCCUGGGAGAAUUGCAAAGAGAUCCUUGGCCAGUCGCUUCUGGAAAACGUCCUCUUCGUUCCACUGGAGUGGCACUUGCUGUCGCGACUGGAUUACUCGAGGCUAGCUACGCCAACACUGGAGCGAGAAUCAUGCUCUUCGUCGGCGGACCCUGUUCCCAAGGUCCCGGUCAAGUCGUAACUGACGAUCUCCGCCAACCGAUCAGAUCCCACCACGACAUCCACAAAGACAACGCGAAACACAUGAAAAAAGCGACCAAACACUACGACAGUUUAGCAGCUCGUGCUGCCGCAAAUGGUCACGCAAUAGACAUUUAUUCCUGUGCGCUCGAUCAAACUGGACUUUUAGAAAUGAGACAGUGCUGUAAUUCGACUGGUGGUCACAUGGUGAUGGGCGACUCAUUCAAUUCCUCUCUCUUCAAGCAAACCUUCCAACGCGUUUUCGCGAAAGAUUCCAAAGGUGAUUUGAAGAUGGCAUUCAAUGCCACUCUGGAGGUCAAAACGUCGAGGGAAAUGAAGGUCUGUGGAGCGAUUGGACCGUGUGUGUCGCUUGGAGUGAAGGGAGCGAGUGUCGCUGAUCAGGAAGUGGGAUUGGGAGGUACUUGUCAAUGGAAAUUUUGCUCUUUGACACCUUCCACGACGACUGCCUUGUUUUUCGAUGUUGUUAAUCAACAGGCAGCGCCGAUUCCUCAAGGUGGCCGAGGAUGCAUUCAGUUUAUUACUCAGUAUCAACAUUGCAGUGGCCAACGCCGAAUUCGAGUCACGACUAUUGCCAGGAAUUGGGUGGAUGCUUCGACGUCUUUGCAUCACGUGAGUGCAGGAUUUGAUCAAGAGGCAGCUGCAGUUUUGAUGUCUAGAUUAGCAGUAUUCAGAAGCGAGUCUGACGAUGGAUCUGAUGUUCUUCGCUGGGUUGACAGAAUGCUAAUUAGGCUCUGUCAAAAGUUCGGAGAAUAUUCCAAAGAUGAUCCGAACAGCUUCAGACUCGCGGAGAAUUUUUCUUUGUAUCCUCAGUUUAUGUACCAUUUGCGUAGAUCGCAGUUCCUGCAAGUGUUUAAUAAUUCUCCAGAUGAAACGAGCUUCUACAGACACAUGUUGAUGAGAGAAGAUCUCACGAAUUCCUUGAUAAUGGUGCAACCAAUUUUGUAUAGUUAUGGAUUCGGUGGUCCUCCUGAACCAGUUUUAUUAGACACGUCGUCCAUCCAACCUGACAGAAUUCUUCUGAUGGACACUUUCUUCCAGAUUCUUAUAUUCCACGGAGAAACAAUAGCCCAAUGGCGACAAUCCAAGUAUCAGGACCUUCCAGAGUAUGAAAAUUUCCGACAGUUGCUCGCCGCUCCAGUAGACGAUGCUGCUGAAAUUUUAGCAGUAAGAUUUCCAGCUCCUCGAUACAUCGACACUGAACAAGGAGGUUCACAAGCUCGGUUCCUUUUGAGCAAAGUGAACCCGAGUCAAACGCAUAAUAAUAUGUACGCCUAUGGAGCGGGGAUGCCGAUACCCAGUGGGGAAAGUGGAGCUCCCGUUUUAACCGACGACGUAAGUCUACAAGUAUUUAUGGAACACCUCAAGAAAUUAGCAGUCUCGUCUACUGUUUAGUUUAAGUUUAGCUUCUAGAAUUAUACAGGAAUAUGUGAAACGAAAAUGUUCAAAACUCUUUUCAUAAUGCAACUGUAAUUUAUCAAAUUAAUAUGAAUGAGUUCACGCGUAAGGUUAAGGAUGUAAGCUUAUGCAAUGUACCACAAUGCAUUUUUUUAAAAACGUACUGUAAAGAAUAAUAUAAAUGAGGAAUUAUAGAUAAGUAUUUGUCCAUU